AUGAUAUGGGAUUUCUACGAUGGAAAGACCCUGUUCAUCACUGGAGGUACAGGGUUCCUGGGCACGGCUGUGCUCUGUCGGCUCUUGAGUUGCUCGUCGCCGAAACGGGUGUACUUACUCUGUCGCGGAGGCUCGGAAAAGGCAAAGGCAAAAUGGUCGGCCAUGCUCCCCGCCUCGCAGGUCACAGCGCUUCUCCAAAACUCCAGCGUCACGAUCCUCGACGGCGAACUAGGUGACACGGCAACCAUGGAUCUCUCCGAGGAGACGCUCCAGCUCCUGAAAAACACCGUACACAUCGUCAUCCACGCAGCCAGCGCUGUGAACCUUGGUUCCUCCCUUCGAGAAAUGUCCUACACAGACAUGGCGCCCAGCCUGUGUCUGAUCCGCUACGCCCUCAAAUUCCCCAAUCUCGAGCGCUUUGUAUUCGUAUCGACAGCGUACGCAAAUGCCCAUCUCCGCAAGUGGUGCACCUCAUCGGAUGUCCCCGUCGAGGAAAAGAUAUAUCCCCUCGACGGCGAGAAAGAAGACUACUACGCCAGUGCCGUGCAAGCGUGGGACCAGGUGCAGCGAACGGGUUCGUCCGAUGAAUACGAAGCGCACGAUUUUCCGUGGCCCUACGGGUACGGCAAACAUCUCAGCGAGAGACUUCUGCUGCACAAGGCAUCGGAGCGUGACGCACUGGACAAGCUACUGAUCAUCAGACCGUCGCUCAUCGGCCCAGCGGAGGAAUUUCCGGUCCCCGGUUUUGCGAGUCCACAUGCCAUGUCCUCGACCAGACUGGCUGCCGCAUAUAUGCUGCACCCGGGCCGGAGAAUCACGCUCGCGACGCGGUGCAAGGAUCCGCAUACGGAAUCUACGAUUGACGAAGUCCCCGUCGACGUCGUGGUGGAUCGUCUUCUUGUGCACGCUGCCCUCGGCACGGCGGGGUGCGUGCACGCCGUCAGCGGAGAAAAAGGUCGACAGAGUGUCGAGGACUGGUGGCAAGCCCUGAAUAAAGAGAGACGGCUGCCGUGGAGCUUGAAGCUGGUGUGGGAUUCAGAGGACUGGCAUUCGCCUGCUCUGCACCGCUCGGAGAGGAUCUUCAAGAUCUUUGGGGCGUCGUAUGCUUUUUCAGAGGAGAAGACUGUGCAAGCGGUUCGGAAACUGGGCGGGAUUGAUACAAAUGAAAAGACGCGUCUGGUUUUGUUCAAGGAUACUUCUUCCGGGCCCUUUUCUUUGGCUUCGAGACGUGGGCAUAUCUAUCCUGUUGCGGUGCAGAUGGCGAAGAAGAAAAAUUGGCCGGCUUGUUCGGUGAGGCUGCUUUGUCGAAAGGGCAAGACGGCCGCGGCGUAG